AUAAUGGGCUUCCUUUUUCGGGACGGCGUCGUCUGCCUCUAAUGUCGAGUGUUUGAUUGGACAAAUUUACCCCCACAUCAAAUACCGAAUUUACAUAAACAACUCGUUAAUUUGGUGUUGUGUUGUGAGGCAUGCCACGCAAUGCCGUUUCGUUCUCAGAAACGAUGGCCAUCAUCAGCAGCACAACAUCUCAGCCUCUGCUCUGCACCAACCGCACCAUUUUCUCAACCAAACCCUCCUUCAGCCCUCGUCCCAAGACCCAUUUUUGCACACAAAGGCCAGUUUUUGCGGCACUGGACCUCCAAAAGUGGCCUUCACAACAAUCACCCGCAACCCACAAAAGGGACUCUAAAUUGAAAACACUUGUGUGCCGCGCGGCUCGUCGAAAACCCACAACCACUGUUCAACAGGAGAAUGAUAGCUCAGAGAGACUGCUUCAGAUUGUUCUGUGGGUUGCUGAGGCAGUCUACAUUUUGUGGCUUUUUCUCCUUCCUUAUGCUCCCGGAGACCCAGUGUGGGCUAUAAGUUCUGAUACAGUGAAUUCUCUUGUGGGGCUCUCUCUGAAUUUCUUCUUUAUCUUGCCUCUUUUGAACUCUGUUACUGCUGGUUUGAUUAAUGCCCCAGUUCUUCACCCGAUGUCAGAAGGGCUAUUCAACUUCGUAAUUGGGUGGACAUUCAUGUUUGCUCCUUUGCUGUUCACGGAUCGUAAGAGGGACAGAUACAAGGGGUCUUUAGACGUCUUAUGGGGCUUUCAGAUGUUUCUUACAAAUACUUUUUUAAUACCUUACAUGGCUAUUCGGCUAAAUGAGGCUGAGUCAGACUACACUCCGAGCAAGCGGUCACAACUUGGGUCUGUGCUGACCAAUGGUGCUCCCAUUGUCGGACUUCUUGGUGGAGUGAUAUGUCUGAUAUCUGCAUUGUGGGCUCUUUUUGGCCGGAUGGACGGCAACUUUGGGAGCAUUUCAGACAGAUGGGAGUUCUUGAUCAGUUAUCUAGGAUCAGAGAGGCUGGCUUAUGCAUUCAUUUGGGAUAUUGGUCUUUACACUGUCUUCCAGCCUUGGUUGAUUGGUGAAAAUCUUCAAAAUGUUCAGAGCAGUAAGAUUGAUCAGGCUUCCUCUAUUCAUCCCAGGACAAAGACAGCAGUGCAAGAAAUGGUACCACGACAUGAAAAUGUGAAGCUUCGUCUAUUCAUCUCAGGACAACAAGACAAUGUACAAACAGAAAGACAGGGGAAUGAAGUUUCCCCUCUAUUCUCUAAAGGCUUCAAAGCAGAUGAGUAUGAAAAAGCAGAAAGCAGAUGCACAUUUUUCAAUUUGAUGAAGUAUUGGAAAGAUUCACUAGACUUUGCUAGUAAAGCAUGGGAAAUGGGCCGCUCUGAUCCCAGGAAAGUCAUCUUUGCAAUAAAAAUGGGACUGGCUUUGUCCAUUGUUUCUCUGCUAAUAUUUUGGAAAAAAUCAUAUCAUGACAUUGGUCAGUACUCAAUCUGGGCUAUCCUCACGGUCAUUGUGAUGUUCGAGUUUAGCAUAGGAGGGACUUUCAUUAAGGGAUUCAAUCGUGGGUUGGGAACAUUGUUUGCUGGAAUACUUGCCUUCUGCUUUGCUGAGCUAUCUUUGCUGGCUGCAAACUUGGAAGAAGUUGUAAUUGUUAUGAGCAUUUUCAUCGUUGGAUUUUUCGCAUCUUACUUGAAGCUGUACCCAACAAUGAAGCCCUACGAGUACGGCUUUCGGGUUUUUGUGUUGACAUAUUGUAUCCUCAUGGUUGCUGGGAACAGAACAAGGGAAUAUAAUGAGGCAGUUGCGACUCGAUUGGUGCUUAUUGCAGUGGGUGCUGCUGUUUGUUUGGUUGUGAAUAUAUGCAUAUACCCCAUAUGGUCAGGAGAGGAUCUGCAUAACUUGGUAGUGAAAAAUUUCAAGGGAGUUGCGGCUUCAUUAGAGGGCUGUGUUAAUGGGUACUUAAAGUGUACUGAAUAUGAGAGGAUCCCAUCAAAAAUUCUUACAUACCAAGCUGCAGAUGAUCCGCUAUACAAGGGCUACCGAUCCGUGGUAGAAUCUACGAGCCAAGAAGAAACUCUGUUGGGCUUUGCAAUCUGGGAACCACCUCAUGGGCGUUACAGAAUGUUGAAAUAUCCUUGGAUAAAUUUUGUCAAACUAAGUGGUGCACUGAGGCAUUGUGCAUUUAUGGUUAUGGCUCUACAUGGAUGCAUUCUUUCCGAAAUACAGGCCCCAGCAGAAAAGAGGCAGGUCUUUUGUAGCGAGCUCCAGCGGGUAGGAGCAGAAGGUGCAAAAGUCUUGCGAGAACUUGGAAAGAAAGUAGAGAAGAUGGAAAAGCUAGGCCCUGGCGACAUACUCAAAGAUGUGCACGAGGCAGCGGAGCAUUUACAGAAGAAGAUAGACCAAAAAUCGUACCUUCUGGUCAACUCAGAGAGGUGGGAAAUUGGAAGACGGCCUAAAGAGCUAGAAGACGACCCUCAAAGGCUUUUGGAUGCUAAGGAACAUGAUAAUAUGCAAUUGGGUUUUAAGUCCUUAAGUGAAACUGUGCUUGACCUGAGGCCAGUUACAAAAGCAUGCACACCUUGUGCACCACAAAGUGCUUCAUCAGACAACAUGUUUAGGGAUCAAGCAUCUUGGCCCUUGCCUCUCUCAUUUGGUGGCCAUGGAGUCAUUAAUGAAGAUGAUUGCAGAACAUACGAAAGCGCAAGCGCCCUGUCCUUGGCCACAUUUGCAUCGCUUCUGAUCGAGCUUGUUGCCCGGCUCCAAAAUGUGGUUGACACCUUCCAAGAACUUGGGGAGAAAGCAGACUUUAAGGUGCCGGUUCUUAAUGCACCGCCUACAAAGAAAUCUGUGAUUUGGCCAUGGUAGCGGCAGAUUUGGGGUUUCAGGUACAAAACUUGAGAUGGGUUGGGUGUUUAAUUCAAACUACUGGCUUCCAUUUUCAUCAUCAUAUUCUUCCAAUUACUGGUUGAAGCUUCUGAAAAUCUUGUGGCAUUCGAUUGUGUUAUUACUUCAACCUAAUGGGAAACGUUAUUGAAGUUGGGCUGAAUGCUUAUUUUAUAUAGCAGAAAAUUCCAAUCUUGAAAAUAUAAGAUCCUAAUUCCAAAACAUGCAUGCAGUUUGUUAACUAUAUUGAAAAUUGCUCGUUAAGUUCCUCUGUUUAAUACAUUUGGUUUGUAAGUUUGGGUAAUGCCUUGCAUACAUGAUAAUACUGGACGCACUGACAAAAAUA